ACCCACGCGGGCAACUUCCUUGGUCACUUACCACCUGUCACCUACCGUGCAUCUCGUAGAAGGGGCGAAACGUUUAUGUGCUCUGAAUGCGGGGAAUGUUUUACGGCCAAAGCAAAACUUUUCAAACACCAGAGAGAUCACAUAGUGGACAAGCCGCAUUCCUGUCCCGAUUGCGGGAAAUGCUUUGUGGAAAAGUCCCAUCUUGUCAAUCAUCAAAGAAGUCACUCGGUGGAGAAGCCCUAUUCGUGUUCUAUAUGCGGAAAGUGCUUUGGCGAAAAAGGGCACCUUGCCAAUCACGAGAAGAGCCACGCCAACGAGAAGGAGUUUUUCUGCUACGACUGUGGAAAAUGUUUCACUCAGAGAGGACACUUCAACAGACACCAAAGACUUCACACAGGGGAGAAGCCAUAUCCAUGCCCCGAAUGCGGAAAGCGUUUUCCCCACAGAGAGUAUCUCCUUAGGCAUCAGAGGGUUCACGCAGGGCAGAAGCCGUUCCCAUGUUCGGAAUGUGGGAAAUGUUUCACUGACAAGUACGAUCUUGCUAAACAUGAAAGAAUUCACAGCGGCCAUCGACCAUACUCGUGCCCGGAGUGUGGAAGAGGCUUUACGCAGAAGUCAAACCUGGCUAGGCAUGUCAAAUCUCACACGGGGGACAAGCAGUUUUCCUGUUCGGAAUGUGGGAAAUGUUUCCCCCAGCGAGCCAGACUUUUCGUACACCAGAGAACUCACACGGGGGUGAAGCCUUACUCCUGUUCAGAAUGCGGGAAAUGCUUUAUCCAGCGCGUCCGCCUUCGAUCACACGAAAGAACCCACACGGGGAUGAAGCCGUUCUUCUGUGCCGAAUGCGGAAAGUGUUUCGCCGAGCGGUCCAAUUUGAACGCCCAUCAGAGCUGUCACGCCGGGGUGAAGCCGUACUCGUGCUCGGCUUGCGGGAAAAGUUUCCACCAGAGACGGUAUCUGAUUUCUCACGAGAGGACUCACACGGGGGAGAAGCCUUUUUCUUGCACUGAGUGCGGGAGAUGUUUUGCCGACAGGUCAACUUUAGCCAGACACCAGAGGACUCAUUCAGGGGAGAAGCCGUUUUCGUGUUCUGUGUGCGGGAAACGUUUCACUCAGAAAUCCAAUCUUAUUACGCACGAAAAAGUUCACACGGGGGAGAAGCCGUAUUCGUGUUCCGAGUGUGGGAAAUGUUUUUCCCGAAAAUCCUAUCUCAUCAGCCACGAAAAGACUCAUAGAGGGGGGGAGCCGUAUUCAUGUUUCGAAUGCGGCAAAUCUUUUUCUCAGCAGCAACGGUUGUUAAGACACCAGCUGACCCACUCGGCCGAGAAGCCAUUUUCGUGUUCGGAAUGCGGGAAAUGUUUCAGCUGUAGGGCCAGGCUUAUUGAACACCAGAGGACUCACACCGGAGAGAAGCCGUAUUCGUGUUUGGAAUGCGGGAAAUUAUUUUCCCAGAAGUCGAAUCUCAUUACCCACGAAAAGAUUCACAAAGGGGAGAAGCCGCAUACGUGUCCUGAAUGCGGGAUGUGUUUUAGACAGAGAGCCAAUCUUAUUUUACAUCAAGGAACUCACACAGGCCUCAAGCCGUAUUCAUGCUCCGACUGCGGGAAGUCAUUCUCAUCCAAAUACUUACUGAUUAUGCACCACAGGACUCACACAGGAGAGAAGCCGUUUACCUGUUCGGAGUGCGGGAAAAGCUUUACCCAGAGAGGACGGCUCAUCUCACAUCACAUGACUCACACGGGGGAGAAGCCAUAUUCGUGUUCGGAAUGCGGAAAGUGUUUUGUUGAAAGGUACCACCUUACGAUCCACCAGACCACUCACACGGGGCUUAAGCCAUUUUCCUGUCCCGAAUGCAAUGAGUGUUUUUCCCGGAAAUCGUCCCUAACAAGACAUGAAAAAGUGCACACAGGGGAGAAGCCGCAUUCAUGUUCGGAAUGUGGCAAAUGUUUUACGGAAAGAUCAAAUCUGUCCGCACAUCAAAUAAUUCACACUGGCGACCGCCAGUAUUCCUGUUUUGAGUGUGGGAAAUGUUUUACCAGCAAAUCGAAUCUUGUUGCUCACACUCGACGUCACACGGGAGUGAAGCCAUAUUCGUGUUCAGAAUGCGGGAAAUGUUUUUCCCAAAGAUCCCAUCUUAACUCGCAUCAGAGAAAUCACACUGGAGAGAAGCCUUAUUCGUGUUCAGACUGCGGGAAGUCCUUUGCUGAAAGGUCACACCUUGUUACGCACCAGACCAUUCACACCAGGGAGAAACCAUUUUCCUGUCCUGAAUGCGGUGAAGGGUUUUCCCGGAAAUCGUCUCUUUUAAGACACAAGAAGGCUCACACAGGGCAAAUGGCAUUCACGUGUAUAGAGUGUGGAAAAAGUUUUCUUCAGAAGUCGUCUCUUCUUGCCCACAGGAGAGUUCACACUGGGGAGAAGCCAUAUUCAUGUUCGGAAUGCGGGAAGUGUUUUUUUCGGAAAUCUUGUCUCAUCAAACAUGAAAAAGUUCACACUGGGGAAAAGCUUUAUUCAUGUCCUGAGUGCGGGAAAAGUUUUUCAGAAAAGUCGUAUCUGGCUAGACAUCAGGCUACUCACACAGGUGAGAAGCAGUUUUCUUGUUCUGAAUGUGGUGAAUGCUUUUCCUGGAAAUCCUCUCUCAUCAUACACAAAAGAGUUCACACAGGGGAGAAGCCGUAUUUAUGUUCGGAAUGCGGGAAAUCCUUUUCCCGGAAAUCGUCUCUCAUCACACAUGAAAGAGUGCACACGGGGGAGAAGCCCUAUUCUUGUUCAGAAUGUGGGAAAUGCUUUACCGACAGGGCGAACCUUGCCACGCAUCAGAUCAUUCACACAGGAAAUCUCCCGUAUUCCUGUUCCGAUUGUGGGAAAAGUUUUGCCAAGAAAUCAAACCUGGCUACUCAUACUCGAAUCCAUACCGGAGUCAAACCGUAUUCAUGUUCGGAAUGUGGAAAGCGGUUUUCACAGAAAUCCUCUCUUGGCACACAUCGGAAUUCUCACAGCACCGAGAAAGCGUUUCUUUGUUCUGAUUGCGGGAAAUGUUUCACCAAGAGAGGCAAACUGACCUCCCACCAGAAAAGACACGCGGUGGAGAAGCCAUAUCCAUGUUCCGAGUGCAGCAAAUCUUUUUCCCAGAAAGUGGCGCUUAUCAAACACGAAAGGGUGCACACGGGGGAGAAACCAUUUUCAUGUUCGGAAUGCGGCAAACCUUUUCUCAUCGGUCGGCUCUUAUGGUGGCACGAGCGUGUCCCCCACACGGGGGUGAAGCCAUAUUCCUGCUCGGAAUGUGGCAAAUCUUUUUCCUUGAGGGAAAGCCUCACUUCCCACAAAAGAACUCACACUCGAGAGAAGCCAUUUUCAUGUACUGAAUGUGGGAAACGUUUCUCUCGGAAGAAACUGCUGACCAGACACCAGAGGACCCACACAGGGGUGAAGCCCUACACCUGCUCGGAGUGUGGGAAACGGUUUCCGUGGAAAUCCUCCCUCUUAACGCACCGGAGAAUUCACUCAGCCGAGAAGCCAUUUUCAUGUUUGCAGUGCGGGAAAAGUUUUUCUCAGCGGGCGCAUCUCAACUCACAUCGGAUAACUCACUCGGGAGAGAAGCCAUUUUCAUGUCCUGAAUGUGGGAAGUAUUUUUCUCAAAAACAGCAUCUCAUUAGACACCACCGGACUCACACGGGGGAGAAGCCAUUUUCCUGUUCAGAAUGUGGGAAAUGUUUUCCAAAGAGAGACCACCUCAUCUCCCAUCAGUUGACUCACACGGGGGAGAAGCCGUAUUUGUGUUCGGAAUGUGGGAAGGGUUUUGCGCAGAGAGCAGUUCUGGCUCGGCACCAUAGGACGCACACGGGAGAGAAGCCGUUUUUAUGCACAGAGUGUGGGAAAUGUUUCCCUCAGAGAGCCCACCUUACCUCCCAUCGGAUGACCCACACAGGGGAGAAGCCUUAUUCGUGUUCCGAGUGCGGUAAAUGUUUUACUCAAAGCUCAGUCCUAGCUAGACACCAGACAACGCACUCAGGGGAGAAGCCCUUUUCGUGUUCGGAGUGUGGGAAAUGCUUUACUCGAAAAUACUGUCUCACCGUGCACCAGAGAAGCCACACGGGGGAGAAGCCUUUUCUGUGUUCGGAAUGUGGGAAGUGUUUUUCUCAUAGGUCCAAUCUCGAUCAGCAUCAGAGGACUCACACGGAGGUGGAGCCCUUUUCGUGUUCUGAGUGCGGAAGACGGUUCCAUACGAGGCGGAUUUUAGCCACGCAUCAGAGAGCUCAUUCGAGUGAAAACGUAUACAAAUGUUCUAAAUGCGGACAGAGUUUUUUUAAGAAGUUAUAUCUUAAGAGACACGAAAGAGUUCAUAUCGGGUUGAAGCCCUACUGAUGAUCCGAAUG